AUGAAUUUAACGCAUGUGAUCCGACACAACUGAAGUCAGUAGUUGAGUUUCAACAUUCUGCGUUGACAGUCGAUCGAUAACUUGCGUACAUAAUCGCCACAGCUGCAACAGAAAAAAUUAAAUUAUAAUGGAGAAAGGUAUGCCACCACCACCACCGCCUGGUUACGGUCCCCCACCACCUGGUUUCGGUCCCCCACCACCUAGUUACGAUCCCCCACCAUCAUCAGGACAACCACAUGUCGUCGUCGUAAAUCCGCAAUUUGGUCCUCAACCGCAACAUUUAAGAUGUCCUCAUUGUCAAACAGAAAUUGUAACUGAAAUAAGAACUGAAGCAAACAUGAAAACUCAUUUUAUUGCACUUGCUCUUUGUGCUUUUGGAUUGUGGUGUUGUGCUCCUUGUCCUUAUUGCAUUGACAGCUGUUUGGUGCCGAAACACUAUUGUCCUUCUUGUCACACAUAUUUAGGAGAAGGAAAAAAUUAAUUCUAUUAAAAAUAAGAGAUUGUCAAUAACUCUUCGUGAUAUAUUCAAUAUUACCUAUAAUUUAAUCAAUAACGAUGUUAUCACUAAAUGCAC